AUGGCAGACCUCACCUUUAGCCAUCUCAGCUCCGAUACGUUCGAAGAGGAGGCCCAAAAGAAGGCCGGUCGCAAGCGGCCCCGAGUCCGCAAUGUCAUGUCUUGCAGGCCAUGCCGUGAAAGAAAGGUCCGCUGCGACCGCGAGGUGCCUUGUCAGCCAUGUGCCCAGCGCGGUGUCGCAUCCAAGUGCACAUACAAGCAUGCCAAGACGGCCUCAGUUGGGUCCACAAGCAAGCCGCCGUCGCCCCGUUCACGAGAUUCUACAGAAUCCGACAAGACCUCUCCUCGGAUAGUAUCGACGACAUCGCCUCAGUCGAGUAUUCCUGGUCCAAGGCCGGCUUCAACACGUGCUCCAGCGGCCCUGCCCAUACCAGACAGGCAUCAAACUCAGGACCUUCCGACAAGGCCAUCUCACAAUUCCAAGCAGCAAUUUCAAGGUCAUAUCGUCCACAUAUCCAACCGCAAGACGCGCCUCAUUGGUGUCAGCCACUGGAUGGCCCCGUGCAGCGAGAUGAUGGUAGUCAAUGCCAUGAUCAACCAUACACACGGCCUUGAUGCGUGUAUGAGAGAGUUUGCCGACCUGAAAGAACGGUUACGUCGUGCGAACACCGGUAUGGCCCUGUUGCCUGCAGGCAGUCUAGCAGCCAAUGGCGGGAUGACCGCGUCCUUUCUUUUUUCUGUGCUUCCGGACAGGACGUCUUGUGAACUGUGGAUCGGCCGCUUUUUCCGAAGCUAUGGCCGUAUCUACGACAUAGUGGACCCGGGCACGUUGACAUGCGAUCUGCACAAGGCCUUCUCUUUUUCGACAGAGGAACGAGGUGGAUACGCUACUGCGAUGGACUCUGUCUACCUGCUUCGGAUUCUCGUGACGGUGGCUCUCGGCAUGCAAAUGUCAGAGGCCAAUCGUGUCCAUGGCCGCCAGUUGGCGUGCCUUGUUGAGGAAUUUGUCCGACGUGCUUCUCGUGUCCAAAAGCCCUGCACGGGAAGUCUGCAGGUUCUUUUGCUGCUCAUUCUUGUCAGAACCGUCAUGGGCUCCGAGAUCGAUGGGGAAUACGACUGCAUGGGCCUUCUCGGGCUGACGAGCAACAUCGUUACAAGAAUGGGGCUCCACCGCAGCCCAGAAAUAUUUCCGGAUGCGUCGCCCUACUUCAUACAGCAACGAAAACGGCUUUGGGCGUGCUAUUUGCGGCUGCACCUCGCAUACUGCAUACGCACCGGGUCUCAACUCAAUCUGCGCCUGGACGAUAUCGACUGCCCCUUGCCGUCGGCCAGCGUGCUAAAGGCCCCCUUGGCCGCCAUGCCGGUUGACGAGAACAUCAGCAAAUGCUUAAGAGAGUGGACAGUGGACGACGAGAGUGCGCAGAACGAUGCUUCGUUCAACUAUGCCUCCGCCAAGUUGGCCAACGUUGUGGUACCGAUUCACCAAAUCUUGUGUUCGGCUAAACCCCUAGUCAACAGUGAGCAACAAGACCUGUUGCAGCGCGGCUUCGCCUCCCUUGUAGAAGAACUCCCAACAAGUCUCCAGUCCGGGACUCCGGUGUCUGAUCCUACGGUCGAACUACAACGCAGCCUGAUAUCCGUCGGUAUAUACAGCUUUCUUCUCGUUGUGUCGAUGAGCUACAUCUUGUCCAACUCGGCGACCGAGCUGGUUCCGUCCGACGAUCUCGCAACACAACGGCCUCGGCUUCUUGAGAUAUGGGACUACACAACGUCCAUCUUGACCCAGUUCCAGUCUCUCUCGCAAAAAGAAUCCGAUGGACGGGCGUCGAGGGCUAGUUCAAAGUCGACAUCAAGUCUAGCGUCUCUGCAAUUGUCCGACUACCCGAACACGGCGGCCAGUGACGCCAGCACCAUGACCCAUCAUUUGAUGUGGACGGAUGCUGGCCGAGCAGCACUUAUUGGCUGUGUUGUUGUUGGCCGUCUUCGGCGCCAUGACAUUGAUAAGACGAUGGCAUUUUCAGUUCAUCCACGACAAAAGCACACUGCGUCCAUCUUCCAACAGAUGCUCACCCAGUCUCUGUCGGGGCUCCUUGACUUGUGGCGUGGCAGGUCGCACUUGGGGCCCGUUACAGCAAAGACAUGCAUGAUUAUCGCCGUCGCCAUCGCGGUGACGAAUAGUCUCUAUUCCGACUUUGGUCAUAUUUACGACAAGGGCGUCGAGGCGGCCACUCAGCAGAUUGCCGAAAUAGAAACUGCCCUAGAGAAGCACGCAAAUCAGACCAUGUCGACCUCGAGAGAACGGGACUCCGCCAUAAGUAUGGAUGAUGCCGCUGCCGCGACCGCCGCCGUUGCUCACUUCGCAGCCACGACUCAAGCUCCUCAUCUGCUACCAGGCCAUAAUGCCCUGUCCAUGAUGCCCACCACGUCUGCAGCUGCCAUGCCGCUCAUAUCUCCGGGUACACUGCCGCCACAAAUGGUAGUACUGGGUGCAGCGCCCCAGGCUUGGAUACCAAUGGGAUUGGCUGGCCGUGGUCCCGGCCAACUUUCCGAUGUGUCCGCCACUGGCUCGUCAGUAGGCACAACGCCCGAGUUUGGUGAAAUUAGUGGAAACGGACCUACAGUUGGCAGCGACAUGUUCGGGCUCGACUUUAGCUCAAACAUGACGGCUGCUCCCUACACCAUGGCCAGCAGUUUUGAUAGUGCUCUCAUGGACGACUUUGACUCGUCGUUUCUCGACUUUUCAAAUGACACGAUAAUGAACAAUAUGUUUUGA